AUGUCGUCCAUAGCGCUGCGUCGCCCUCGACCGGCUCCCCGUCGCGUUUCUGCUCGACACGAGAGCGUCUCGCCAUCUACCGUCACGCCGCUCCGGCAAUUUGCCGUUCAUCGAGCUCACGCCACGGCAGAUUUUACAGAAGCAGACGAGGACGAGGACGAGGAUGAGGAUGAGAAUGAGGACAACGGCUUCGGGAAUACCAACAGCAACAGCAACAACAACAGCAAUCACAACAGAACCGACCCCGGCCCUCUUGACGACACCAACGGCAGCAGCAACAACACUCGCCGCCGCCAUGAACGCCAUCGCAGGAGACGCAAUACGCUGCCAGUCCUUCCGCUCUUCUCCUCGACGCACCUUGACACGCUUCCCGUUUACAGCCUCACUCACGCAAUCCGAAUCAUCGUGAGUUCCCGCACAGAGACGACGCUUACCUGGGAUCAGCUACGGUCCCCACAGGUCUCUCAAUUCCUUGUCAAGCCGAUGCAGCAACAGAUUCGCAACCAACACUUCUCGCGAGCCACCCUCUACGCCCUCAUGGCAAACCGUCUCCAAUUCACAAAGGAAGGCCAGCUGUAUGCCGCCAAUGCGGGCACCAGCAACACCAGGGCCAAGGUCUGUGAGCUGUUGGCCCUCAAGCUGCUCAAGGAGUACUCCACUCGCGAGCUGAUUGAUGCAUUGGCCUACGACUUUUACCCUCUCCAAGGUAUGCCCGGAGCACAACCACCCCCCACGGCUGGCAGCUCAGGCAGCAAGUCCAAAAAUGCCCCCCUUGUAGCGUCGCGGACGUCAACUCUAGAGGUUGCAAUCCGAGCCUCGGCCAAGCAUUUCCUCGCCCACCCGGUUGUGGUUCAGCAGCUGGAGGCCAUCUGGAAUGGUGCCAUUUCCUUCUAUUCUUCUGCCGAUAGCCUGCACCGGGAGUCGCCCUCGAGCCCCUUUUCACGCUUCAAUAGCCAGCCCAAAGUUGAUGAUAGGACUCCCCUCCUGGGCUCUCUGCCUCCCAAGCAGACCAACUUUGCCGUUCCCCCGGGCAGAAGAACUGUGAUGUUGUACGACCCUAGGCAGGCAUCCUUGCUGAAGCUGUCUCGUCUCAGGGUGCCGCGAUAUAGAUCUUUCCUGUCUACACUGUCCCUUGCCGUUCUGAUUGGACUCUUCUUGGCCGUCCUAUCUAGACGAUCUACACAAAUCACCGGCCUGGAACUGGUCUUUUGGUUCUGGAGUGCGGGCUUUAUGCUUGAUGAACUGGUGGGCUUCAAUGAACAAGGGUUUGCCCUGUACAUCAUGAGCUUUUGGAACAUUUUUGACUUGGGUAUCCUGGUGCUGCUCAUUGCCUAUUACUGUAUGCGUGUCUAUGGCGUCUUCCUCGCCGACCCUCACCACUGGAAUGCCAUGGCGUACGAUGUGCUAGCCGCAAAUGCCAUCCUGCUGCUGCCUCGCAUCUUCAGCAUCCUGGACCACUACCAGUACUUUUCUCAGCUACUCAUUGCCUUUCGGCUCAUGGCGGCAGACUUGGCGGCUGUCUGUGUUCUGAUUCUCAUUGUGUGUAGCGGCUUUUAUGUCUUCUUCACCUCUUCCACCACCUCUAGUGAUGGAGGCGAGGUUGCCUACAAGAUUUUCCAAAUCCUCAUGGGUUUCACACCUGCCGCUUGGGAUGUAUGGCCAUCGUAUAACUGGCUUGCGCGAGCGUUGUUGUGCUUGUUCCUCAUUAUCUGCCACUUCUUGAUUGUGACAAUUCUCAUUACAGUCUUGACCAACUCCUUUAUGGCUAUUGCCUCCAAUGCCACCGAAGAGCAUCAAUUUCUCUUCGCCAUCAAUACCAUCUCAAUGGUGAAAAACGACGCUCUAUUCUCUUAUAUCGCACCUACCAACAUCUUUGCAUGGCUACUCAUGCCGCUGCGUUACUGCAUGCCGCUUCGCCAUUUCGUAUUGCUCAAUCGUAUCAUCAUCAAGGUGACUCACUGCCCCAUCUUGUUUUGUAUAUUCUUGUACGAAAGAUUAUGGUUGGCGCCGUCCAUUUUUGAGCCCACGGAUCUGGUAGAGAAUCCAGGACGAAGUCGGGGUCGGGCCAUUUCCUUUGGGGAUAUGGCCAACCGGACCAGCAUCUUCAGUCCUAGCAUGCGCGUACGUGAAGAAUCGGUGGCAGGGUAUCAAAAGGACAGGGCUCUCGACGAGCUGUUUUUGCGCAUGCCCGACGCCACGAGGUCACAAAGGAGGCACGAGAAACGCAAGACACAAACGGCGAUUCGAAAUUGGAUGGACCGCAAUGACCAGGAUGGAGUCGGCAGCACUAACUGGCCACCAACGGACAAUAGGCCUGUCCCGGACUGGCAAAGAAGAAUGAGCAUGGGCUGGGAUCUACGUUCCAACUCUAGGCAGGUAUCCGAUCUCAGAUCCAUCGUCAGCGACCCGGCAGACCUAGCGUCCAAUGUUGGAGGAACCUCAUAUCGGGCGUUCCCCAUGAUGGAUCCCCGAUUCAUGGACCCUCGUUUUGCCCAUCUGAUGCCCGAGUAUAAAGACCACACCGAUGCUGAUGGAGAUGACGAACUGGUCACAAACGAUGAAGACGAAGACGACCUUGGAACCAGUGCUGAUCCCCGUGGUCCGAUGGGAGGCAAUGCCGCCCCAAGCGAGACUGAUGACUAUUUCACAACAACUCCUACGGGAGCGCGGUCUGCCGUUAUAGCUUCCUCUCAUAGUUCGGACGAAAAGGAAAAGCCUCCUAGCAAGCCUAGGCGAACAGGGAUACACAAUCGCACACUUUCUACAAACACAAUACUAUACAAUCCUGGGGAAAUGGAUCCACCUCCUGAGAGCUCUCCUUCAGCCUCGCCUCCCAAAGAACCCGUGCCUAGAAACCGAAGCGGUCAGGCUGCAGACAUGGUAGCAGGCGAAUCAUUUAUUCCCUCUGGCAUGCGCAGUCCCCCUCGACGAUCACUCUUCUCUCCACCGAGUCUCAAUACUCGCUCCACCAUGCCUCCUCAUGGGCAGGCGGGCAUGAGCAACUUGAACAGAUCAGCCAUGUUGGGCAUGGAUCAGAGAAGCCGGGAGCGUGCUGCCCGAAGGCUGUCCUCGGCCGACCUGAGUAUUCUAUCCGAUAACACAAAUCUUCCCUUUGUUGGGGACAUUAAUACUGGCUUGGCGGGUAGUUUCCAGACACAGAUGGCCAUGGCUAUGAUGAAGGACAGUCGACUGCGAAGUGCUGGAGGAGCUGACUCGGCGGAUCGCGAUAGGAUGGGAAGGCUGGUUCUCGCUCGGAUGAAGACUCUGGAAGAAAGCUUUGCAGAUGUCAUCAAGGAGAUGCGCGAUAUGAAGAGCUCUACAGCCCCAACGACGAGACGAAAUUCAUCUGGCGAAGACCUGAAGAUGGGAUCUCCUCUUGAAAUGGGGAGACCAGAUCGACCAAAGAGCCGCAAGGGGACAGCAACGCCAAAGAAGGCGACUAACAAGAGACCCGGCAGUCGACGGAGCAUGAAGGAGAGCAAACUUGGGUUGACAAUGACGGCUGAUGUUAAAGGCAAAGGGAAAUACAUUGCCUAUUCGACAGAGGAAGAAGGCGAAGGAGCAGGCGAUGCUCUUGAUUCAGAGAAAAGAAGCUCCUUGUAAAUCUCCGCCAGCCAUUUUUCCUUCUCUUUUCUUUUCUUUUCUCAUGGCCCUCUUUUCCCCCGACUCUUUGUCUAUAGGGGGAUUCUAGGGCCUACUAAGAGCAUGUACCGGCGUUGGAGGGAAGCGUUUGAUAGCUUUUGUGUCCAGUUACGUGUAUGGGGUUUGAGAUAUCUAUUUGUUUCGGCGGACGAGGUCUGGGGCUGAAAAUGGGGGGAUUGGCUAUGUCUAAGCCAAGAUGAAGCUGCGAUUGAUGGGAGAUGCGUUGGCAAGGUCCAUGUCGGCUUUUCUUUUAUAUCACUUUUUGCAUGAGAUGCAUUAUACGAUGCGGCUGUAGCUCGAUUAUAUCAUUUUGUAGGACGACUGACGUCGAAGAUGGUUUCAUCUACACAAAUAUCAAAACGAAACAGUAUUGCAGCUG